CUAAGGAAUGUCAGACAGUCAGAGCUCUUGCCAAGGAAUUCUUCAGCUCUGCAGAUAUUGAAGAUUUUAGGAAUUAAGAAAAUGUAUUUUUUAAAAACUAAAUCAAAAUAUGGCUUAUUUUUGCUGGUGUUUUUUCUAUUUUUAUUCUACUUGUUUAGCGAAGACUUUUUAAAUACAGAAGAAGACAACAGAAGUGUUAAUUUAAAUUUAAUAAACUUUGCAAAGGAUUUAAAAGUGCCUAAAACCAGCUCUCAAAAUAUUGAUGAUAAAGGUGGAACGAUUUUAUUAAUAUUCUGGACGACAUUCUUUGGUGCAAAACCGCGACUAAAAGAUGGCCAUCCACGCAAAUGGCCGUUUUAUUACGUGGGAAAGAGAUGUCCCAUCAAGUGUGAACUGACAACCGAACAACAUAGAAUCUCACAAGCCUCGGGGAUUGUCUUCCAUGCGAGGGAUUUCAGUCUAGAUGAUCUCCCCCCCCGGAAAUUCAGAAGUAUUCCGUGGAUUUUGCAAUCGCACGAGAACCCUGUGUAUACGCCAGUUCUCCGAAAUCGUGACGCCAUGUCUAAAUUUAACUAUUAUGUGAGUUAUCGGUUGGAUUCCGAUUUCCCUUCGCCCGAGUUUGUGAAACCACGGUUGGAUCGGCCAAUGCCUUUUGAGAAUAAAACGAGGCUGGUUUUGGCUGUGUACAGCAACUGUGAAGGCCUACGGACGCAUUACAUGGGCGAACUUAGAAAGCAUAUCAAAAUCGAUUUCUACGGAAGCUGUUUGCGGACGCAUAAAUUUCUAAAACGAACGUCAGAUAGUAACGACACAAAAUUGCUAACUUUACUGCGUACUUAUAAAUUCACUUUGGUUUUUCCAAACGCUGAUUGCGAUUAUUACGUCACGGAAAAAAUGUACAAUGCGUUAUCAUCCGGAACGGUCCCAAUAUGGCUGGGGACAGAUAAAAUUGACGAGAUACUGAAAUGGGGAAACUUGAAACAGUCUGUGAUAAAAGUUAAAGACUUCAGAGAACCAAAAGCGUUGGCCGACCAUUUACACUUUCUCGCUAAAAACAAGCAAGAAUAUAAUAAAUACUUAAGGUGGAAGUACGAGGGUUUUCAGUUCCCGCCCGAGUACUAUAAUUCGGCAAUAGGACAGUGGUGGGAGGGGUUGCCUGUGUAUUGUCGGGUAUGUAUGAGGAUUGCCAAGGACCCCAAAGGGCAUCAUGGAUUACCGACAGAAACGUGUGGGGAUACAGGUAGUGAAAGGCUAGCAAAAUUGAUACCAUAGUAUUAAUAAAUAUUUAUGUUAAUUAAUAUGCAAUGUGCAAUAUAUUUAAUAAUUUAAGGGGAAAAUUACGAGCUUGUAAUAAUUUGUUGUUGCUGUCGAGUGCUGAAGUGGAGCUCAAAUAUUAAAGCAAGUAAUUUUAAAAUAAUAAACAAUUUUUGUGGAGAUUUUGAUACAUCCAGUCAUUUUGCAGUCAGUGGUUGUACACAUCCAGUAAUAAUUUAGUCAG